AUGGGAAACUGCCUGGUGAUUCAAGACAGGAAGGAGAUCAAGAUCAUGAGCGUCGUGGACGGCGGCGAAGUCCUCAAGAUGCCAUCCCCGGGGAUGCGCAGCUUGAAGGUCCCGACCGAAGCCGCCCUCUGCGAGCCCCUGUCGGCGGCUGCUGCUGCCGGCGUCGACCAUGCUGGCGCCGCCGUCAGGGUGAAGCUGGUGAUCAGCAAGCAGGAGCUCAAGAAGAUGCUCGACAAGGAGGGCAUGUCGCUGGACGACAUGGUGUCUCUCAUGCGCAAGGAGGCGAGUGACCGAGAACAGGAGGAGGAGUUCUGCUGCGGAGGGUGGCGACCCGCGCUGGAGAGCAUACCGGAAGCCAGCGAUCUCUAG